UUUCAAUUUUCAGGAGAGGAUGAUCUACUACUGAUGUUGACGAUCAGGAUAAUCGUUUAAGCGCUGGUAUUCAAUUUACAAUGCUCGAAUUUAAUUUUUUGUUCCGCUCUCUUUUCAUCUGAAGAAAAAAAAAAAAGGCGUAGAAGCACUUGAUAUAUUUAACAUUAUAUAAUUAAACAUUUGAGAGAAAUCAGAAAAUAAACAAGUCUGUAAUGAAGCAGGAACAAACAAAAACAACCUCUGCACCAAGAAAGAAGAAAGCCGCAAGAGCCUGCAUUCACUGCCAAAAGGCACACCUUACUUGUGAUGAUUCACGGCCUUGUCAAAGAUGUAUAAAAAGGAAUCUUUCCACCACUUGUACUGAUGGUGCUAGGAAGAAAGCAAAAUACUUGCAGGAUAUUGAUGAACCUGUGAAUACACCUACAACAGCUUAUAGUCCUCAGACAUCGGUAUCAACACCAAUGAGUUCAUUCACACAAGGGGAAACAAGCGAUUUUCAAGCACAAAAUUUUAUGAGUGCUGAUGCCCAAUCCAUAUUAAAUGCAGCAUCAAACAACGCUUUACUUCCCAUAGAGAACUACAACUAUGGAUUCGGAUCAAAUGCAACCAAUCUUGAGUACUCCAUACUUUCCAACAUGCUUGGAUCACCUUUAGUUGAUGCUGCAAGUACUUCAACACCUAAUGUUCAACAAAACACUUUAAAUAACAUAUGGGCUCCUUCACCUAUAGUAGAUAAUGUAAACAUAUUGAGAGGGGAUCCUUCAUUUCUAUCAAAUCACAAUACCACACAGCUCAUGUCCAAUGCGUCUGCCACCAAUGCAUUUAUCAACCGAAACAAUAGUGUCAGCAAUAGCCCUAGUAACAAUAAUAGCAACAAUGGUAAUACAACACCCAAAGGAUCCUCUGUCGCUUCCGUUGCUUCUUCCAGCAUGGAUACAUCACAGAUAUCUGCCUCAGGUAUAUCUACUUUAUCUGCAUACGGUGACGGUGCAGUAGUUGCUAAAGUUGCGAGUCCGAUUACAGCAACCACGGGUCCCGCUGUCAAAAGGAGAAAUCAAAUUAUUACACCGGAAAUGGCAUACGCUAGUGCAACCAAACCAUUUAGUUAUGCGGAAGGAUACCAUUAUCUUAUCAAUUAUGUAAAGACAAGAAUGGGUAGAGAGGAUUUGAUGAGAAUUAGUAGAGCGCUGGCGCUUUUUCGGCCUUCUGUUUUGGCAUCUAUGAUGAAUUUGACGGAGGAUGAUUUAAUAUUUACAGAAAAAUGUCUGCAGCGUACCUUAUUGGAAUAUGAAAAAUUAAUUAGUUAUUCAGGUACACCAACCGUUGUGUGGCGUAGAACAGGGGAGAUCGCCCUUGUCGGAAAAGAAUUUUCUCUGCUCACCCAAUGGUCUCGAGAUAUGCUACUUAAUAAGAAGACAUAUAUUUAUGAGCUCAUGAGCAAUCCUUCAGCCGUAGAAUAUUGGGAAAAAUACGCUCUACAUGCAUUUGAUAAUACAGAUUCAGCAGUCUAUAGUACAUGUAUUUUGAUGAGCCCUACAAAACGAGUAGUGCCAUGUACUUUUUGCUUUACAAUUAAACGAGAUAUAUUUGACUUACCAAGCGUCAUUGUAGGCAAUUUCUUGCCAAUUUUGAGUUAAAAAACCGUGCACUUUUUUUAUUUAUUUACUCUCUUAUAGAAAAUACAACAUUACAUAUUACAACCCCUUCAUUAAAA